AACUCACAAACCCAAAAAAGUAUUGCCAUGGUCACUUCUUUCGCCAACUUUCACAGAUUUUGGUUCCUGCAGUUGAAGGUCAUGGUGAAGGAGCUGAAGGAUGACCACUCUGAAGAAGCCAUGGACAGGAUCAUGAGACAGCACCAAGACUACUUCGUAGAAAAGUGGGAGGAGGUGGAGAGAGAUCCUCUCAGCGUAUUCCUUGCGCCAUGGACCACCACCCUUGAGCGCUCCCUCCACUGGAUCACUGGGUGGCGCCCCACCACCAUCUUCCACCUCAUCUACACAGAGUCUUCCCUCCUCUUUGAGUCUCACAUCAUCGAUAUCCUCUAUGGCAUCCGCACCGGAGACCUCGGCGACCUCAGCCCCUCCCAGUUUCGUCUCAUGAGCGAUCUCCAGUGUGACACUGUGAAAGAGGAGAAUGAGAUCACGGAAGAGCUAGCAGAGUGGCAGGAGACUGCAAGCGAGAUGAUGAGUUGUGAGAUGGAUAUGACUGAGAAGAUCACAGAGCUGAUACCCAUCAUAAAAAAAGCAGAUGAUCUACGGAUGAGAACGUUGCAGGGCGUGGUGAGGUUGCUGUCAAAACAGCAGGCUAUGGAAUUCUUGAUUGCCUCAGGGGAGUUACUCUUUGGGAUUCGCAGUUGGGGAAUGACUCACGACGCAUCCAUUUCGUAAAUCGGGAAGAAAUUGGAUUUCUUAGGUUGCAAUUUCCCUUUUGCUUUUGCAAUUUCAUCAUGUUUUAUCUCUCUAUGGAUCAAAAAUUAGACUUUAUGGCAUCUAUUCACAUGCAGCCAGUCUAUUUUAUCUAGAAUUAUCAGACAUAAAUUGCACUUUUGUGUUGGUGCUAUCAUAUUAAUAAUAUGGUGUGAUAUUUCUAA